GCUGACGACGCCGCGACCUCCCCCGCACGCCGCGACGUCCCUACGUCAUCGACGCCUCGAAGAAGACGGUCCAAAACGACGCCAACCGUCCCGACGCAGUCAGUGCCGAACAGCAGUCGCAGAUCUCGACUCGUUUUUUCGCCAACUUAGUAGACGAACGACAUAAAGCCAGUAGAUAAGUAGCCGAGCAAAUUAAACACAAAACGACAUCAUGUUUAAGAAUCACUUGGAAAUGAUCAGUCUCAACGAGACCCCAUCGAAAAAGGCCAAAUUCUGGCAAUCCUUUGUAAGAUCUCUCAAAGGAUCCGAUGACCUGAGAGCCUCCGACCCCGUAUCCGCCAGACCCAGAGGCAUCUUCCGACCAAUCAGCGACCUGCCCGAACUGUCCAGCGGCUGGCCCUUCGGCAAGUCUAUCUACGACGAGCCCAGCCACGCCGCCGAGCGCAUCCACGUUCCCGGAUACCGUUACGAUCCCCUCCACCGCGACACGUACGGAUACUCGCCCAGGCCCAUCUUCCCACACAACUACGGAUCCUUAGACAGAUACAGGCCCGCUUACCACGUAACAAAACCGAGACCUUUUGACGCCGAUGCCGCUUGGAGAGACCACAUCGACCGCGUCAAGGGUCGCGAACCCAGCCAGUGGCCCAGCAACAUCUUCCACACCACUUACCCGUUCUCGCGCUACCCACUCUACUUGGUCUACAGCAAGAGGCCCCCACCAGCUGCCGACAAAUACGACCCCCACCGCUCCUGGUUGGACCACUUGGACCGUUUGGCCGAACUGGACAAACUGUACCCGUCCCUGUGGCCUCUUACCGGAAGCAAACUGAGUCCAACACCCAUUAAGCCCGGUCGCUACGCUCCCCGCCCCUCCGAGGUGGCCUUCAACUACGCCGGCCAGCCCAUCUGGUCCCCAAGUAAGAGCCUCUUCAGCGACCUGCUCAACCCGUCGCCCUCGCUGCCCAUCUCGGCGGUAACGCGCGACCCCUUCUGGUGGGACUCGCCCUCCCUAAAACCGGUGUCGGCUCGCACUCCCUUCGGCAGGUCGCCCUUCUAUCUGCGCGACUCCUACCUGUCGCCGGUCAAAAGGACGUUCCUGUGGGACAAGCACCCCAUCAGGCCGUUCGCUGCCGUCUACUAAGUUCUAAAACCGUAAGAAGUCGAUGAUCACAACUCAAAAAUAAUAUCAAGCGACUCUGACUGAAAAAAAAAUCUAAAAAAAUGCAAUCUACUCGCAUUUUUUGAAGUAUUGUAAUCAACGACAGGUGUUCAUUUACUUAAUAUAUCAAUUGUCAUCUUUAACAUCAAAACGAGUGCCUUAUAAUAUACAAAAUAAAUAUAUUUAUUUGAUAUUAUAAGUUUUAUUUUCACAUAUAUUUGUACUCGCCCUUUGAGACCCAUAUAAAGAUGUACGUGUCUCUCCAUUCCAUCUAAGCAAAAAAGUCUUAUAUGGUCUCAAAGGGACGAAUUCAUCGUUUUAUUUUAUUGUUAUGUUAUAUUUAUUUAUUAUAUUGGUCUAGAUUUUUGGGGCAUAUGUAAAAUAAGACAAAUAAAUUUAUUUAAACAUUA